CUAGGUGCUAAACUGAAGCGACGCUCAUCCCGUUGCAGUAUCAGCAGCCAUGGCCGAAAUAAAGACGGGGAUUUUCGCCAAAAACGUCCAGAAACGGCUAAGCAGGGCGCAGGAAAAGGUACUGCAGAAACUGGGAAAGGCGGAUGAGACGAAAGAUGACCAUUUUGAUCAAGCCGUCCAGAACUUCAAGCGACAGGAGACGGAGGGCUCCCGGCUGCAGAGGGAGAUGAAGGCAUAUCUGGCGGCAGUGAAAGCAAUGCAACAGGCUUCCAUGAACCUGACAGAGUCCCUACAUGAAGUCUACGAGCCGGACUGGCACGGGAAGGACGAUGUCUUGAGCAUCGGGAAGAGCUGUGAUGUCUUAUGGGAGGACUUCCAUCUGAAGCUGGUUGAUUCAUCACUUAUCACACUGGACACGUACCUGCAACAGUUCCCCGACCUCAAGAUCCGUGUGGCGAAAAGAAGCAGAAAGCUAAUUGACUACGAUAGUGCACGGCACCAUCUCGAGACCAUUCAGGCGGUGGUCAAUAGAAGUGAUCGGAAGGUCUCCAAGGCAGAGGACGAGUUGAAAAAAGCCCAGAAGGUGUUUGAUGAGCUCAAUGUUGAUCUGCAGGACGAGCUACCAACUCUCUGGGAUAGCCGAGUUGGUUUUUACGUGAACACAUUCAAGAACGUGACGAACCUGGAGGCCAAAUUCCACCGGGAAAUCUCUGUGCUCUGUAAGCAGCUGUAUGAAGUGAUGACCAAGCUGGGAGAGCAACACUCUGACAAAAUGUUCACCAUACAGGGAGCGCCCAGUGAUUCAGGACCUUUGCGACUCUCUCGGGCCCCCUCGCCACCGGACAGCGACAGUGACGAGAGCCCAGUGGACACUCCUAACCACAUGCUGGCGCCUGCCUCUCCCGGCCCGCCCCGGCCCAAAUCUCCUUCAGGCCAGUUCAAAAAGGGACCACCAGUGCCCCCGCCACCCAAGACCCCGACCAAGGAGCUGCACCAGGAGCAGAUAAUCGACCUGUUUGGGGGCCAGUUCUUACCCGCGGCUACGCCCUCGCAGCCAAAUGAAAGACCCGGAGAAUCUCUCCUGGAUCUGGACUUUGAUCCAUUCAAGCCUGACGGCAACGCCACUAUCGGACAGGCUGCACCACCCAUAACACAGCAACUACCCUGGGAUUUGUGGACAGGAAAUGCUGAACCUGCACAGCCUAUGGAUUCUGGGUCUAUGAGUACUGUGGGUGUGGAGGAGGAUGGGGGCGGCGGUGGCGAGGCCCCGAACACUGCCGACUUUAACCCUGGGUUCCCCGCAUUCCCCGAGCAGGCGGGAGACCCCAGCUUCGCCACCGACUGGGCUGCUGACUUCGGCUCGGCCCCGGCAAAAGGAGACUCUGUCCCGUCUGCCACCGAGGCGGCAGCCGGCGAGGUUCCAGCGACCACAGUGCAGGACGAGGCCCAAGGCUGGCCUGCAGCGGACGGCUGGGGCGGGGAGGCAGGGGAGGCAGCAGCAGCAGAGCAGCCACAGGGGGCCGAAACGGCCGCAGCUGGAGACGAGGUGACCAACAAUGCAUUUAACGGAUUUCCCCAGAUGGAAGCAACAGCCCCAACAUUUGUUGCGGAUUUUGAUAAGCUGAAUGAAAGCAAUGCCACCAUGGCCCCUGAAGCUGCUGCGCCCCCAGCUGAGACUGCUGUGGCCCGGGAGGCAACAGCUGAGACUGCUGUGGCCCCGGAGGUCCUUGGGACUGAGACCUCAGAUGCCACAGAGGCAGCGGCCGAGGCAGGGGAAAUCCAGGAGGCUGCUUCCCCGACUAGUGAGGCUGAGGCAGCCGAGAGUGCCACCAGCCCUGGAGAGGAGAAGCCUGAUUCCACUGUGGGGUCUCCAGUGACAUCUGCAGAGCCUGAGGGGGCUUCACCAACUGAGAUCCUCCCAAUUGAAGAGGCUGAAAAAACUUCCCCCAGCGAAACAGCUCCCCCGGAAUCCGUUCCGACCCCGGAGGAAAUGAAGGAGUCCCCUGUGGAGGAGACUCCGGAGAAGAUGCCUAUUCCCUCAGUGGUGAUUGAGCCAGCCUCCAGCAACGAAGGAGACGAUGACCGCGACAUUAUUGACAUUUCCCCAACGACCAUCAGCGACAACGGAGUGACAGCGGACACCCAGACGGCCAAAGACAUCACCACCUCCGACGGCCCACCAGGACUCCCUCCUGGCUUCCUUUACAAGGUGGAGACUCUGCAUGACUUUGAAGCUGCAAACUCAGACGAGCUGGAGCUGAAGAAAGGUGACGUGGUUCUGGUUGUUCCCACGGCUACAGCAGAAGAUCAGGAUGCGGGUUGGCUUACAGGUAUCAAGGAAAGCGAAUGGUCGCACCUUGGGGCCAGUGCCCACAAAGGACUCUUCCCAGAAAACUUCACACAGCGCUUGGAGUAACCAUCUGAGCCUGGAGAAAAGAGUUGUGGGGGAGGGGCCUGUGUUCUCCAGACAACGUCUAGCCGAGCGUCUGCUAACCUGUCUGUGACCUUGUCUGCAAGACAGACCGUCACUGAUAGAGGAAAGGACACAAACAAUCAACAAAAAAACAAACCAAGUGUGGAUAAACACUAGUACCUGCUCGGAGCAUAACGAAAAAUAACAUGAGCAUGAUGCGAUAGUAUGGUCUACCCCUUUUUUGUUUGUUAACCUUUAAGCAGCAGCGAAUUGAUGUGUGCUUUGUUGGAAGUGUGGUGACCUCCACAUGUAAAUCCCUGUUUCAAGGAUAAACUAAAAUGAGAAAUGCCUCCUGAAGAAAAAAAUAAGUUAUCUUCUCUGCACCAAGUGUAUUGUAUUGAUUUUGUUGCUCUGCAGUGGCAUUUCUAAGAAUCUGUAGUGCUAUGAUCUAUCUAACUGUUCUUGAGUGUUACUUUAAGUGUUUUCUUUCUGACAUUUCAGCCAUAAAUGUUACCUUGCAUCAUUGUUAGUGUUCUCUUGUAGUGUCAUGGCUGUAUGUGUGCGGCUGCAGUGAUUAUUUUUUUGGGAGUACUCAGUGUUGACAUUGUUCAUUGACAAGACUCUUGUCGAAACAACAUAACUGACGUUGAAAUUCUGAGCAUUGGAAUGGGACGUCCGAUGAGGUUCCAGCAUGAAAAAUGAUGUUUGUGAUGAAGCUGAGCAUUGGAAUGGGACGUCCGAUGAGGUUCCAGCAUGAAAAAUGAUGUUUGUGAUGAAGCUGAGAUCCGGGAACUGGCAGAUGCAGCUUUCUCAAAGGAAAAUAAAAAAAUAACACUGUAGCUCCCUAACAUAAAACGUUAAUGUGUAUAUCCUUAUACCUUAUAUCUGCAAUUACAUAUAUACAAGAAACCAAGUCAACCAGUGGAAAGACAUAUGAAGUUAUUUAUUUGUGAAUGAAAUGUUAUGAUAAAUUGUAUUUAUUUAACUUUAUAUUUUUAAAGUUUAAGAUCACUGGGAAGGUGCUGGGAGAGAAAUCAGAUAUGCAAUUUAUGUAAUUGGUUUAUAUACUGUAGGGUCACAAUAGUCCAACUGUUCAGUAUAGCAAUGUAUAUGACGUCACUCCUGUUUUCGUACAGUUAGCCCUCACUGUAUAACCUUUUUUUGUGAUAUACAUAUCUGUGAUUAUUUAUCUAAAGGUGAAUAAAGAAUAGUUAAUAUGUUACA